UUGGUUUUCGGCUUGUAGUACAACACCUUCCAGGCUGUGAUCAUCACAGAUGGUGUCUACACCUUUGCGAUGUAUAACUACCAACCUGACGGUAUUCAGUGGUCAGCGCCAACUUCGAGAGAAAAUUAUCGUCGAUUUUGGAAUUCUCGAGGCCUUCCAGUUGUUGGAUGGAGAGUUGGAGCUAUGACCUACUUUAAUAUGCCAAGGUCUGGAUUUGUCAACAUCGAAAGUAUUGAUGAUGACAUCGCUGGGAAAAGCAUUAAGAUCUCUCGUGGACCUGGGUACAGUGAAAUUUCCCAUGGCAUAAUAGGAAAGUGGUUCUUCCGCUUAGAGGCAACAACAUUAGAAGAGAUUUCAAAUGCUGAAUCAAAGUGCAAAAAAUGGUUUAAGGAACAACCAGAUCCGCGUCCCAUGAUAGAAAAUCUUGAACACUGCCCGUGCACGCGCCGACAGGCCUGGUGGGACGAGCGAUUUAAUCUUCCUGUUGCAAACUGGUGGCAAGACUCGGAUAAUUGUGCUUCCCUGAUAUCUAGAAAAGACGACAGUUGGGGACAGACAUGUUGUUAUUCUAACGACUGGAGAAGUCGGGGGGCCCUAAUUGUUGGUCAUCCAGGUGGAGGGAGGGCUCAAAGAUAUACUCGAGAAAAACAAUGGCAGUUUUACAUCAGUGAAGAACUAAGCUACAUGUAUUGCUGUAUAAAUUCUAAUUUAUGCCAUCUUUACUAUCAAAAAAGACCAUCUGAUGACUGCAGUCGAUAUGAACCACCUGAGUGGAGUUGGAUGUGGGGCGACCCUCACUUUGUCACCCUUGAUGGUAAAAACUACACAUUUAACGGUCUUGGUGAAUAUGUGAUGCUGGAUGCAAAAGACGGCUUCUUUCAAGUUCAGGCAAGGACAAGACUCGCUAAAGGAGAUGGAACUGCGACUGUAUUUUGUGCUGUCGUGGCGCAGGAGAGAAAUGCAAGCAAAGUGCAAGUCAAUUUAGAGAGAGAAGGUAGCUUUACGCUUUUUGUCGAUGGAAAAACCUUGGAUUACAACAGCCUUACCAACCAAUCGACCAGACUCAAUGGCUCUGUCGUUGUCUCCCGUCCUAAAGAUAACAUAUUCAGAGCAACUUUCCCAUCUGGAAUCUCGGUUACUGUAACAGAAGUAAAGGGUGCCUUGUCCAUCUUAUUGGCAAUGCCCAAGUCAUUCAGGAACCAGACGAAAGGGUUGUUAGGAACCUGGAAUGGGAACCAAACAGAUGACCUGACAACACCCAGUGGAGAUGUUUUACCAGCGAAUGCAAGCAGUAGGGAUAUUCACUUUCAGUUUGGACAGAAAUGGCAAAUAGAUAAAACGACUUCGUUGUUUAUUUACCUUCCGGGCGAGGACAGCUCUACCUUCUCAAAUACGUCAUUCGUGCCCAUGUUCAUAGACGAACUGAAAUUCUACAAUGAAUCUUUGGAGAAACAAGCUCGCGCUGCUUGCCAAGGUGACAUCAACUGCUUGUUUGAUUCUGCUUCAACCAAAGACUUGUCUGUUGGAGUAAGCACGAAGGUUAUUGGGUCGCAACUCAUCAACGAAUCAAUUAUGCUUAAAAACUCACCUCCCAGGUUUUACAACGCUUCUAAAGAAAUCUAUUUGACUGUCAACACCACAGCAAUAAUAACUUUUAACGCUAGUGAUCCGGAUGGAGACAUUUUGGUGUUCAACGUUACUGGAACACCAGAUGAUGCUGUCUUCAAGAGAAGUGAUACCUCGAUUUCUGUAAUAUGGAAGGUUACGACUAAUCUAGUUGAGUUGGAAGUUAUUGUCAAGGAUAACAGUGAAGCUAGUUCGGUCUUAAGGCCAACACUAUACCUUUGCGCAUGUCACAAUGAUGGUGUUUGCAUUAAAUCAACGAAUCAAAACAAUGAUCGUUUUAGCAUCAUGUCUUGUCAGUGUCCAAGUGGUUACACGGGUCGAUUCUGUGAGAGUGAUAUUGAUGCAUGUGAGGUCAAUAUGAACCCAUGUUACCCUGGAGUACAGUGUAAGGACUUACCAGCUCCUGCUAAUGUCACCGGAUAUGAAUGUGGACCGUGCCCGUCUGGAUUCGCAGGACAAGGAGAUUCUUGCUCAGAUAUUGAUGAAUGUGAUGGCUCUUCACACGGAUGUUCACAAAUCUGUGCCAACACUCCUGGAUCCUUCACGUGUGAUUGUAGACGAGGCUACCUGCUGAAUAUAGAUGGCCGCACAUGUGAUGAUGUGAACGAGUGCGAUCCAUCCAGCGACUGUAUGCAAGGAUGUGUGAAUACUCCGGGUAGUUACAGAUGUACCUGUGACGAGUUCUUUACAGUAGAUCCUACCAAUCCCAAGAGAUGCAUACCGGAGUCACCCUGUAAGGACGGUAAUCAUCAAUGUCAGCAGUUAUGCUAUGUAUCUAAUGGUGUCGAUCACUGCACAUGUACUACUGGCUAUGAACUUCAGGGUGACAACAAAAAUUGCAUAGACAUCGAUGAGUGCAAAACAAACAAGCACCGAUGCAAUCAAAUAUGUCGUAACACAGUUGGAUGGUAUGAAUGCGCAUGCAUCCCUGGCUUUCGUUUAGAUGCUGACAACAUGACUUGCUUUGAUAUCGAUGAAUGCAUCGAAUGGACAUUUAACUGCUCAUCCACAACGAGAUGCCAAAAUACGAUUGGCUCUUACGAGUGCCAGUGUGAAGAAGGAAAGUACUGGAUCAACGACAAAUGCCGUGAAUUAGAUCAAGGAAAUGCAACGCUACCUUAUCCACCUCCGCAAAAACCAAGAAAUCCUUCUAGCGAAGACAUCAGAAACAGUGUCAUCAUUACUAUCAUGAAAACUAAAGUCACAGAAUGGAAUAUGAUGGUUGAAUCGAAUUUCAAAAAAGCAGUGGCUGAUGAAGUAACCAGGGGAUGUGCAGAAGUAAAAAACCGUCUCCCAAAUAGAAGGCGGAACAGACGUUCCAAUGGUUACAUCAUUUUCACGAGUUAUCAAGUACAAUUAUUGCCGGGUUAUCCAGUUUCGUCCCUCCAUGAUGAUAUAGUAGCUGCUGCUGUAGCAUUCUACGUCAAGUUCCCACCAGGAGUCGCCAUUGGAGUCACUGACACGGUCGAUGGAGAUCUGCUUGUUGAUAUCGUCAAUGGAUCUCUCGCUCGUAUCGGCAAAGCCAUCAACAAGAUAGUUCUAUCUGUAUCUGCAUACGUAGCUGAUGAUUUUAAUUCAACUGUUGUUUCUACUACAACAAGACAGAUCAGAACGACUCAUCCCAAAGGAUUCGGCUCAGUCAUCGGUGGAUCGACUGCUGGUGUAGUAGUUUUUAUCAUCAUCGUCCUCAUUGUAAUUGUCUUGUUCAUAAGGAAGAGAAAAUCACAGAAAAAUACUGAACAGCAGGAACCAUCAGCUCUGGAAAUGAAGCCUGCAUCGUUCACAAAUCCUGGAUACUCCUGUUCUGAGAUGGAGAUGGAGAAUCGUUAUCGUGUAGAAAUAAAUAUUUAACUUCCUUUGCUUUCAAUAAUGCAUUCCCUCGGUUCGUAAAGAAGGCAUACAUUUUAAAAUGGCUAAUAUGACCAUUGAUAAGAUGCACGUGUCAGUCCUUUGACAAUCAAACGAAAUUGCUUAAGCAUAACUAUAUAACAGACAAUUUUACUACCAACUAAACUAAAAAAGAUAAGAAUAUUUUGGGGCAUAGUCGAUAAUAAAAGCCUUGCAAAUGGCUAGCUGAGCGAAACAUAACCAUGAAUGGUCAACUGAAUUAACCAGUUUCAACGACUAUAGAGAUUGUACUUGCACAUAUUUUGAUAAGCAUUAUCAAACAUUAUCUCACAACACUGCCAUUAAGCUAAACAAAAAUUAGGACAUUCUUUCGCACUUGUUGUAUCCUUACGUUCUGAUUGUGUAGGUGGUUGGUUUUAUUCUUUUGCUUUUAUGUAAUAAAAAUCCAUACUAAAAUCCAUAA